UCAGUUCCGGAUACGCUCUGAUUCACGCGUCAACCAUUCGGAAUUUUUACCUGUUUAAAAAAAAUACAGGUGUAUACAGAUCACACAGACAGAGGCUGAUCAGUGAUUUUUAUAAGUUCUGAGGAAGAUCAGGGAUGGCUGUGGAGGGUACGGAGUUAGAAUGGGGGGAUAUUCUGGUCAUAAUUGGCUAUUUUGUGGCAGUUAUAGCCGUAGGAAUAUUAUCAUCAUGCAGGAACAGAGGCAGCGUGGGAGGUUACUUCCUGGCGGGAAGAAACAUGCACUGGAUACCGGUUGGACUAUCUCUUUUCGCCAGUAAUAUAGGAAGUGGUCACUUUGUUGGUCUGGCUGGAUCUGGAGCCUCUAACGGGAUAGGCGUGGCAGUCUUCGAAUUAAAUGCUAUCUUCAUCUUAAUGAUACUUGGAUGGCUGUUUGUUCCCGUGUAUGUGGCAGCUGGUGUGUUUACAAUGCCCGAGUACCUGAAGAAGAGGUUUGGUGGUCACAGAAUCCGUGUUUACCUGUCAGUAUUGGCACUGCUUCUUUAUGUAUUCACUAAAAUCUCUGCUGAUUUGUUUUCUGGGGCACUUUUCAUCUUACGAACAUUUAAAGGUUUUGAUCUCUAUCUCGCCAUCAUCAUUCUACUAAUCAUUGCAGCCCUGUUUACAAUCACUGGUGGACUAACGGCUGUAAUAUGGACAGAUUCCAUACAAGUCUUCAUCAUGACCAUUGGGGCAUUUAUUCUCAUGAUUAUGAGCUUUGUUCGGGUGGGUGGAUAUGAAGAGGUUGUGAGAAGAUACUUUGAAGCUUACCCCAAUACAACUCUUCAGAAUUACGGGAAUGCUAGCGAUCCGUACUGGAAAUGUGGGAUUCCCCCGGAAAACUCCAUGAACCUCGUGAGGAGCUAUGACGAUGGUUCUCUCCCAUGGCCAGGCAUUAUGUUUGGUCUGACCAUCUCUUCUGUCUGGUACUGGUGUUCUGAUCAGGUUAUUGUCCAGAGAGCACUUGCUGCAAAAAAUAUCGCUUACGCCAAAGCUGGAACAAUUCUGGCUGGUUACCUGAAAUUCACACCUCUUUUCCUCAUCGUUUUUCCGGGAAUGAUAUCCAGAAUCAUCUUCCCAGACACCGUCGGUUGUGCAGUACCAGAAGUUUGUGAAAAGGUUUGUGGAAGUCGUUCCGGUUGUACGAACAUCGCCUACCCUGACCUCGUUAUUGAGGUAAUGCCGGCUGGAUUGAGGGGUCUGAUGCUGUCAGUGAUGAUGUCCGCUCUUAUAUCGUCUCUUACCUCCAUAUUCAACAGUACCAGCACCAUUUUUACCAUUGAUAUUUACAAACGUAUUCGUACCCAUGCCAAUGAUGUAGAGCUUAUGAUUGUUGGAAGAUUGUGUGUAUUGGUGUUGGUUGGUAUCUCUAUUGCGUGGAUCCCUAUCGUCCAGAAUGUGUCAGAACUGUUUCAUUAUAUCCAGGCCAUCACCUCCUUCUUGGCUCCCCCGGUCUGUGCCGUCUAUGUCCUGGCCGUCUUUUGGAAGAGAACAAAUGAACCGGGGGCAUUUUAUGGUCUGAUGAUUGGUUUGGUGGUGGGACUGACAAGGUUUAUUUGGGAGUACGCCUAUAGUGUCCCGGCCUGUGGGGAGUCGGGAGACGAGCGCCCGGAUGUCAUCAGUAAGGUUCAUUACUUACAUUUUGGAAUCAUUUUGUUCGGGAUCGUCUUCAUCUGCACAAUCAUCAUCAGUCUCCUCACACCUCCUAUACCAGAGAAACAUCUCCAUCGCCUGACAUUCUGGAGUCGAUUUGAUACGGCUGAGAGGGAAGACAUUGAUGCGGAGAGAGACAAGAAAGAACUGGAAAAGAAACACAAAGUGGCUUUCAAGAGUUUUGCUCACGUGGAGGAUGGACAACCAUUCUACAAGACAGCCCUGCAGUGGAUCUGUGGGGUAGAGAAAAUGGAGCAAUCAAUAGAAAUGACAGAAGAGCAGAUAAAAGCUCUAGAGAAAAAACAGAACUCCAUCCACGAGACGAAGACUCAAAAGUGGGUGACCAGUGUCAAUGCAAUUAUCUUAAUGACAUUAGCCAUAUUCCUCUGGGGGUUCUACGCCUAAUGUGCUGAUGUGAUAAUAAAAUUACCCAGUGCCCGUGAAAACAAAAUGACAAAUUAAAUGUAUUAUGAUGGUGCUUUUAUAUAAAAAGUCCCCUUAUAGGUGGAAGACAUCUUUCAUUAACCAAGAGGUAGAUCUGAUUAUUUUUUUAGAAGUAUUAAGAAGGAUUUAAAUAAAUAUAUAUCAAAUAGUGUCUCAAAUGUAUUUAGUGCUAUGUACAGAAAAUGAAAUAUAUUGUCUCAGUUUAAAUCAGUGCUAUAUCCAAAAUAUCCAUUUUUAUAUCGUGUGUGUAUUUUUUUUAUUUAUUCUUUUGUAUCAAAAAAUAUGUUUGUAAAUAUGUUAGAUAAAAAUUAUGUUUCUCCCCAUUGUUACUGAAGUUUACCAGACGUUCAU